UGGACCGAACCUUCUUUACUCUUUUAGCGAUAACUCAAGUUUCCAUUGGGGGAACUGUCAAAGCAUUCAGCGAUGGCAGCAAUGGCUUCCACCACCUCAACUUCAAGGGUUCCUUAUCCUUUGCCAUUAUCUCCGGCUCGUUGUUCACUUAUAUCCUCCGUUAAUACAACGUGCUCAUUCACUUCUUCUUCUUCUUUGGUUUGCAAGAAGCUCUGGUUAUCUAACGGAACUCGAGGGAAGCCAGGAUUUAGAACUUCUUCUUCUUCUUCGACGACGACGUUGAGGAUAAGGUGUGGUGGCUUAAGGGAGAUAAAGGAGGACGAGUUCUCCGACGUCGUUUUGAAGUCUGAUCGUCCCGUCCUUGUGGAGUUCGUUGCCACUUGGUGUGGGCCCUGCCGCUUGAUUGGUCCUGCUAUGGAAUCCGUUGCUGAGAUAUGUAUCUUUCCUUUACUCAUUAGCAUAACUAUCAGAUGUCAGUGCGAGGAGCGUUUCUCUGGUAAAUAUUUAGAAAGUUUCAAGUGGCUUUAUACAUUUUCUCUGUGGAUUGAUUCUGAUUCGCUAUGACGGUACCGUGUUAGAAGUUACAGUAAUCUGCUGCUCCUUGUUACUCAUUCAGAAGCCUUGAGUGCUAGGUCUAUACCCCGUUAGAAGUUAAUGAUCUGUCACUCCUUCUUACUUGCACAAUCUAUGCAGGCACCAGCAAGCUAGCUUUAUACAGUAAAAUUGGAGUAUUACAUUGCAUCUGAUUACUCUUGUACAAGCUCAUUGAGUUUCCAAUCACACUAAGGUAAUGUAUGCUCAAGGGUAUUUUCAUGAGUAAACUCGCUGUAACCUUUCUCUGCUUCACUGGUUCACUGUCCGGAAGCUUCAUGAGGAAAUGAAUUUCUUCCAGUGUAACUCGAUCUUUGAAGAUUACAUUCUGUGCUGAGACAUGGAUUCUAAUUAUAUGGACACAUGAUUUUUGAGUAUGAAAGGACAUUUGCAGAAGUGAUGCAGAUGUUCUGCACACGGGGCAAGUUCAUCUUUUAUGCCUUUUAGGCACCAUACUUAGAGGUACAAAUAGCAGUUAACGACCAAUCUGUGGAUCUUGCUUCUUGAUAUGUCAAAGUUCAACUUAAGAAUUGUAGGAUCAUCCACUUGAUUUACCUGCAUUUUAAGAAAAUGAGGACCAUUCAGUUACUUCUGACUGGGGCAUGGUAUCUUGCAGCUGGCAGCUAAUAAUACGAAGAAAGUUGGUGAUAUCGAAGUUAUAGUAGUUCUCAUCUGUCUAUUCUAGGAACUGAGCUUUUGCCAGAUGACUCUCAAUUUACAACCUUUUGUCACUUCCUCUGUUGUUAAACAGUUUCAGAAGCUGCAUUAUUUGCAACAAUUAAGGGUCAGUUACCACUUCUUGGCAUAGUUGGGCUUAACAGGGGACUUUUGUGAACAUCGCCCUGAACAUGCUCUCUAGAAGUCUAGUUGUCCUUUUCCCCCUAACAAUAGUUUUGAUAUGUCUUUCAUCAAAACAGUUUUGAUGGAAGUUUAAUUUUCUCUCUAGUACUUAUCCAUUUUGCAAUUGAUUUUUCCCUUGUUUUCUUCCCCUUUGCCUUGUACAGAUCCUAUUUUAUUACCUGUCUUAGUUGUCCAUCCUUGUUGCCUAGAAUAAAAUGAAGUCAAUUAUAAAAGAAAUUGCCUCAACUAGAAACAUCAACUUAUCAUUAGACUACAAAAGUGGAACACAAAGGUAAUAUUGUAUCCCCUCUUUUAGUAUCAUUAGAAGGUUGGCCUAUUGGUCAUCAGCUACGGAUUCCUAUUUUACUUGAGCCAAGAUUCUAUUUAAAAAAGCCAUGACCUAUUCCGCUGCUGCUGAUGAAAUUAUCUUGUGGUCCAGAAUCAUAGAAUUGAGUGCAGUAUAUCCCUAUCCUGGUAAUUUGCAUAUGGAUUUUAUUCGAAGCUUGAAUGGUUUUAGAGAGUUUUGAGGUUUUCCUAUUUGGGAUUGUGUCAAGUCUAAUUCAUCCUUACCGCUAAAAAACCACAAUAAAAACUAUUCUUGUGAGGUGUCAAUAUUCAGUUGUUCCAUAAGCCCUAUUCACUCUUUAGAUGAUACACGAAUGACUCUUAAUCGGAGCCUAUCAGCCCCAUCUUCGGAAAAAAGAAAGAUAUGCAGCUUGUUUGCGGCUUUUAAAAGGAUAUUUUCUUUCUUCUCUACCUGCUUGUCAAUAACCCCUGUCUCUGUGAUUCUAUGUGGAAAUAACUCACGCAUCCGAUUGGCGAAAAGUUUCAGGACCAACUUCUCGUUUGGAUCUAUAGGCUUUUACUAAAAUGCCACAUGAAAAGUGGUGCUGGUGUCAAUUGCUUAGGUGCUAGAUUGGUAGAGUUGUUGAUGUCCUUUGGCAAUAUUGUUCAACCAUUUUGUGGUGUUUCUUUUCUGUAACUAUCUGAAUGAACAGAAUCUAUUGAUCUCCGAUGAAGGCCGGUGGACAUCAAUUACUUUCUCACUCUAGUGUAUGGUUCUUUAUGGACUAGCCAAAUGAGUGAAUGUGAAGGCAAUUGGUACCCUUGCUUAAUUAGCUAACUGUUGAUGCUAUGACAGGAUAAGUUUGUGCCCAAAGUUUGUGGAGCAUCAUUUCACAAGCACUUAUUGUCAAAGCUGAAGGGUGAGAGGGUCUUUUACAGGACUAGGAGAUUUCAGGAUACUGGACGAGAUGGGGACACUUUACACAUUUUGAUCAUGCAACCAUGAUCAGUUGAAGAGAUUCGAUAGAGGACAGUUGUUAUUUCAAAUGAUUUUGUGGUCGAACCUAGACAAGGAUUUCUGUUUGGAUUUAUGGAGAUUUUUAUGUUGUAUGUCUGGUCGGGUCUCUUUGUAACUUUUUUAGUCCAAUUCUUAACCUGGUCCCCACUCCCCUUUUCCUCUC